CAAGAGGAAAGGGAAAGGGUGGACUGAAAGGGGAAGAUUGGGAAUGACGUUGGAACGUGUUAAGGCUAGUAGGCAAUAAACCAACUUAUGUCCUAUCUGGUGUAGAACAUGGAUUUAUGACUCGGUGUUGUGCGAACAUACACUCUGUGGCAGGGAGGGGCUAAAGGAGAGCACAUGAACACCCAGGGAGAGAGAGCAAAGGCUAGGCAGUCAGAUGCAUCACACCCCCACUCCUCGGCUGCACCAGCCGAACGACUCCAUCCUCCGCCGGAGCGAUUCCGCUCCACUCACCGACAUGAACCGGUUUGAUCUUAAGUGAACCGCUGACACCCUCGCCCAGGACCUCAUCCCCACUUUGGACCCUCUACUGAAGCAGGGCACACUAUUCCCGGGAUGCUGAACCGUAUAUCCGCCCUCCCCCUCCCGUGCAUCUGGCUCUCCGUUGCCUUGGCGAUGGGGGGCCCGGACACGGCGGGCGGCGGGCGGCGGCUGUGGCAGCAGCCCAGCGCGGACCCCAGCCCCCACGCCGGGUCCCUCCGGCAGGACACCUUCCCCCCCGGGUUCCUCUGGUCCACCGGGACCUCCGCCUUCCAGACCGAGGGGGCCUGGGACCGAGACGGCAAGGGGCCCUCCGUCUGGGACCUCCACACUCACUCCGCGGACGGAGGCGGCAACGCCGACGUGGCGAGCGACAGCUUCGCCCGCUGGGAGGAGGACGUGGAGGCGCUGGAGUACCUGGGGGUGACGGCCUACUCCUUCUCCCUCUCCUGGCCCAGGCUCUUCCCCGACGGAGACGCCGGGGGGGAGCCCAACGCUGCGGCCGUGGAGCACUACCGCCGGCUGGUGGAGAGGCUGGUGGAGCGGGGCAUCACGCCCAUCGUGACCCUCUUCCACUGGGACCUGCCGCUGGCGCUGCAGGCGCGCUACGGAGGCUGGAAGAACGAGGAGCUGGUGGAUCUGUUUGAAGGAUACGCCGCCUUUUGUUUCCGGACGUUUGGCAAUGAGGUGAAGCACUGGCUGACCCUUCAUAACCCCUAUCUGGUGGCGGUGCAGGGGUACCGGACGGGGCUGCACGCGCCUGGGGAGAAGGGGGAGGAUCUGUCGGUCCCCCUCAUGGUCGCCCACAACCUGAUCAGGGCUCACGCCAAAGCAUGGCACACAUACGACGACCAGUUCCGCCCGACCCAGGGAGGGGAGGUGUCCGUUGUCCUAGGCUCCCACUGGGUCGUCCCCCAAAGGACGCCAGCCUCCCCGGCCCACGUGGAGCUCUGCCAGCGAUCCAUGGAGGCGGUGCUUGGAUGGUUCGCCAACCCCAUCUUUGGGGACGGCGACUACCCAGCCUCCAUGAGGUCCCAGCACGGAGACCUUCUCCCCACGUUCACCCCUGAAGAGAAGGCCUGGGUGAAGGGGACGGCGGACUUCUUCGCUCUGUCCUUUGGACCCAACGACCUCCGUCUCAGCCGCGGCCUGGUCCCAUACGGACAGACCGUGAGCCCCGACCUGAGGAGCCUCCUAAAGUGGAUCCAGCUGGAGUACGGGGACCGGAGGGUUCUGGUGGCCGAGGGAGGCUGGUUCUCCGAGGCUGCCGUGGGAACAGAGGACACGGUCGCUAUGUACCUGAUGAAACGGUUCAUCAACCAGGUCCUACUAGCCAUCAAGGUUGACGGCGUGCAGGUGAUCGGCUACACCGCCUGGUCAUUGGUGGACGGGUUCGAGUGGAACUACGGCUACAGUCUGAGACGAGGCCUGUUCUACAUCGACUUCAAUCAGCCCAACCGGACCAGGGUCCCCAAGACCACCGCGCAGUACUACAGACGCGUGAUCAGUGACAACGGCUUCCCCGACGAUGAAAGCUCCCAGGAGAUCACUGGGCGGUUUCCCUGUGACUUCCACUGGGGCGUCUCAGACUCCACUCUGCAGGUCCACUUCCAUCCCUACUCGCCUCAGUUCAGGGACCCUCACCUGUACAGGUGGAACCUGACCGGUGACGGAGGGCUGCAUGUGGUCCCCGAGGUCAGGGUCAAACCCAGAGCCCCCCAGUGCACCGACUACCCCACCAUCCACGCCCACUUCAAGCUGUUCGCCUCGACGGGGGCCACUCACUACCGCUUCGGCCUCGACUGGUCCUUGAUCCUCCCACAGGGAGACCUCUCUACGGUCAACACGGAGGCUCUGAGGUACUACCGUUGUUUCCUGACCAAGCUCCGUGAACAUAACCUGGAAGCAGUCGUCACCCUUUACUACCCCACUCACAGAGCCCCUUUCCUGGGGCUGCCGGAGUCACUGCACGCCUCAGGGGGAUGGCUGAACCAGAGCACAGGGGAGGCCUUCCGGGACUACACAGCACUCUGCUACCGGGAGUUGGGUUCCUGGGUUCGAUACUGGAUCACCAUCAACGAGCCGAACAGACUGGUGGACGUGUUCCCCAAAGUGGAACAGCAGCACCAAGCGACUCGUAAUCUUCUCCUGGCCCAUGCCAAAGCCUGGAGACUGUAUGAGGGGGAGUACGCCAGUGAACAGGGAGGUCUGGUGUCCAUGGCACUGCACGCCGACUGGGCCCAACCAGCCAACCCUUUCCUGGAGUCACACACCGAAGCAGCCCAGAGACUACUCCUGUUUGAACUCGGUCGCUUCUUAGACCCGAUACUGGAUGCUGCCCGUCUGGAGCGAGGUGGGGAAGCAGGCUUCACAGCGGUGGAGAAGAUCUACCUGGAGCAGAGAGCUCUGGUGAGGGGUCUCCCUUCCUCCCCUUUGCCGAGCUUCAGCGAAUCAGAGAAGAAGCUUCUCAAAGGGACGCUCGGUUUUAUCGCGCUCAACCACUUCACCACCCGUUUGGCGUCGCCACAUCCACACUCCCAGAGCGCCGAGCCAAACCCGCAGCAGCCCCGGCGACCGGCGCAUGGUUGCUUGCUCUUCUCGGAUCCCAACUGGUCCCGGUCGGGGCUGGGGCAGGCCCUGGUGCCCUGGGGCCUUCGGAGCCUCCUGGGCUGGGUGACGGAGAGGUACGGCGGGGACCUGCCGAUCGUGGUCACGGCCAGCGGUGUGGAUGAUCCGGCUCUGGUGGAGGACAGCCUGAGGCAGCACUACAUCAGCAGCUACCUGCAGGAGGCGCUCAAAGCUCGCCAGCUGGACGGAGUCAACCUACAUGGCUUCUACGUGUGGAAGCUUCAGGACCGACUCGCGCCGCAGUUCGGCCUCUUUGCGUCCACCCACCACCGGUCCAAACCCAAGGCCUCGGUCGCCGCCUACCGAGAGAUCCUGCAGCGAGGCGGAUUCCCGGCCGACAACAGCAGCAGCACGCAGAGCUGCGGGUCCAGAGAGUCACAGGAGUCGUGCGCCAUUUGCGCGCGGAUCCUGGAGAACAAACCCUUACUGGUGUUCGGAGUGUGCCUUCUGACGUCCGCCGUCAUGCUGGGGGUCGUGCUCGCCGUCUCCCUCAGACACAGAGGUCGGAGGAGCAGAGGGAGGGCCAGGGGGAAGAGGAGGAGGACGGGGGUCUCCGUGUGUGCGGUCCCUCCUCACGUUCGGUGUGGACCGUGGCAGCGGGUGAAGACAGUGCAGUGUGUGACGGACAAGAUCCGUGUGGUUCGACACUAGAUGCGACCGUCUGUGAUGACUGUCUGGUGGACUGGUUGUAAGCUUAGCCAACUGGAACUGUGUUUUCAUUCAUUUUAUGUUGUAAAUUAUUUGAUAUUAAAGAAUGAUGGAACUGU